UAAUUUUGCAGAGAUUUCAGGCUUAGCUUUUUCUGUCAGCGCACAGGCCAACUCAGACUGCUGAUGUUUUCAAAGUUUCAGAAGUCACUCCUUGCUGAAUGCAAUGCGAUGGCGAGGGUCAAUCGAAGCAUGGCUGUGCUGCUGGCUUCUCUCCUGCUGAGUGCCACUGUGCUUACGAACGGCGCAGAUGAGGACGGACACUGCACGUUUACGGAGGGCCAGGGGAAGGAACUUCACCUUUCUUCUGAGCCAAAAUACGGGGGCAUUCUCAUUCAAGGGGGAAUCGUGGUCAAUGCUGACAUGCAGCGACAGGCAGAUGUAUACAUAAACGGGGGACUUAUCCAGGCUGUGGGCCCUGAUCUGAAGGUCCCCGAAGGCGCCCGAGUCAUUGAUGCCUCUGGAAACUUUGUGAUGCCAGGUGGCAUCGACCCGCACACGCAUCUGGAGAUGCCGUUCAUGGGGCAGGAAGCAUGCGACGAUUUCUAUAGCGGACAGGCAGCCGCGCUGGCUGGAGGAACGACCAUGCACAUCGACUUUGCGCUGCCGUCAAACGGCGACUUAGCCCAGGGUUUCUUGGACUACGAAAAGAAGGCUGCCAAGUCUGUGAUGGACUACGGGUUCCAUAUGGCGGUCACGACCUGGAACGACAAGGUCGCACAAGACAUGGAGGAUCUGGUGAAAAAAGGCAUUAAUUCGUUCAAAUUCUUCCUGGCGUACAAGGGCGCGCUCAUGGUCACCGACGAGCAGCUAUUGCAAGGCUUCCUGCGCUGCAAGCAACUAGGCGCGCUGCCGCAGAUACACGGCGAGAACGGCGACGCGGUCGCGCUGUGGCAGCAGAAGAUAUUUGACGACGGGAUCACGGGGCCCGAGGGGCACGCGCUCUCCCGGCCAUCAUUUCUGGAGGGCGAAGCAACGGGGCGCGCCAUCCGGCUAGCCCACCUGGUGAACGUACCGCUCUACGUGGUCCACGUUAUGAGCAAAGACGCGCUCGACGAGGUGGCGCGCGCGCGCCAGGCUGGUCAGCACGUCAUUGGCGAGGCGGUGGCGUCGGGCCUGGCGCUGGACGAGUCUCGCAUGUGGGAUCCAGUCUUCGACGUUGCCGCGAAGUACGUCAUGAGCCCCCCAAUCCGGAGCAAGGACCACGGGGACGCCCUUCAGGCCGCGCUGGCGGGGGGAGUGCUCCAGAUCGUGGCGACGGAUCAUGCCGUGUUCAACUCGACGCAGAAGGCCGCGGGAAGGAACGAUUUCCGCGUCAUUCCGAACGGUGUCAACGGGAUUGAGGAGCGCCUUCACGUGGUGUGGCACACCAUGGUGAACACCGGGAAGAUGAGCCCCUCGGAGUUUGUGCGCGCCACGAGCACCGCGAGCGCGCAUGCAUUCAACCUGUACCCUAGGAAAGGCGUCUUGGCGCCCGGCUCCGACGCUGACGUCAUCGUCCUGGAUCCCCGGGCGGAGCAUGUGAUCAGCGCGCGCACGCACCACUCGCGGAUGGACACGAACGUAUACGAGGGCUGGAAGAUACAGGGGAAAGUUGAGGUGACCAUCAGCCAAGGCAGGGUCGUCUGGGAAAACGACACGUUGCACAUCCAACGGGGCUCCGGACGCUUCGUCCGGAUGGAGCCAUUCAGUCCGAGCCUGUACGAGGGUAUCCACAAACGCGACCUGCUUCGACAAGCCGAGGCAAAGGCGCACGUAGUCUGACACGCAUGCUUGGUGCAGCGGCAGACUACGAGUUUCACAGUGUCCCUCGAGGAAUGGGGUCAUAAGAUCUGCUCAAAUGACGUUACGAGAGCAAUGUACUGGCGACAGUAAAGAUAUAACAAACUAACAUAUGUUGAUUCGAUCCGCUGCGUCUUAUGCGCAGGAGCAUGCAAUCAACUUAACGAGCGCACGUACGGACAGACGGUUGCAGCGGCUCCGGCUCUGAAAUAUGUGAUCGGAUCAUUGUGGAGGGAAGUAAUUAGUCUUACAUGAAGUCUGUAGCUCACUCAAGUCACCAGCGCAUACUUAUGAAUAACUUAACGUGCUUGAUAAUUUUCAGGCCCUUAGACACUAAGAAGUCUAAGCAGUGGCAGUGAUCGACUCAAGUGAUGUCAGACAUCCAUGCCAUGCCAUGAAGCAAUAUAUAUAAACCGAU